GACCCCCCCCCGAAAAGGCAUGGCUCCAGCGCGACUUCUACGCUGCCGCUUCGUGCUCACCUGGAAAAAGGACGAACCAGGUAAAGUUCUGGAAGGCAAAGCUCGGCUCGUGGUACUCGUUUUCAGCGAUCCUGAUCUACUCCAUCUACGCGCAGAAUCUCCAGUCGCUUCUCGACGUGCCCGUCAGAGAGACCGACGAGGAAAAGCGGAAGAUCUACGCCGACCCACCCAAGGAUGUCCGCCAGACCCUCGGCAUGGAGGACGAGGCGCUGCAGUUCUUCAAACCGAUGUACGGGUUCGUACACGAACCUCGGAAGUGGUGGCUACAGGUCAAGGAGACUCUCAACAAGCUUAAGCUUGAGGCCAUCCAGUGCGAGCCCUGCGUUUGGGCCACCAGGGAUGGCGACGGCAAGUCGAUCGGCAUGGUCAUUAUACACAUAGACGAUAUGAUGAUCGCCAGAGACCAUACUAACAAAUCCUUCCUGCAGAAGCGGAAUGGGAUUCAACAAGCUUUCGAAUGGACACCCUGGGAGAGCAAAGCCCCCGUUCCAUGUGGAGUCAGCAUCCGCCAGAAGCAUGAUUUCACGCGCAGCCUCGCCCAGGACACCUACAACAUGAACGUGGAGCCGAUUCCAAUCAAACGCGGCAGGAAGCCCACUGACGGAAAUUCCAAUCGUGAGCGCUCUGAUCUACGGGGACGGCUUGGCACCGCGGGCUGGGGAGCGCAGAGGUCAGCGCCGCGGCUCAGCGCCGAACGCUCGCUACUACAAGCCGAGAUUCCUACCGCGACGGUCUCCGCGAUUCAGAAGAUCAGCGAACUCAUCCGCGCCACAAACGACACCGCUGACGUCAUCAUGGUCACGCCUGCGAUCGAGAAGCUGGCAGUGCAGAUGAUGACGGAGACGCUCGACGAGAUCAGCUACGCGCGGCUGUUCCACUACGAGCUUGAGUGCGGCCACGUGGAUUAUACCAACAAGCAGGCCGUGAACGACGCCGUCUCAACCUGUCCUGGAGCCCCGGCCACAGACGGGAAGCCCGGGCACGACGCCAUCGGGAAGAGCAAGUCUGCUGGAUUGGGUCUUCGAGAUAAGAGGACCAGUAUCGAGCGCAAGGGCAUUAGGCAGCAGAAGCAGCAGACAGGGCUCCAGAUUCGCUGGGUUCACAGCGACGCCAUGCUAGCCGACGGUCUCGCGAAGGACCGCGCGGCCAAGGCCCUACUGGAGUUCAUCAGAAACGGACAGCGCUGGCGGCUAGUGGGCGAUCCUCUCCAUCGGUCAGCACGCAAGCGCAAGUCCGAGGGCAUCGAUGAGCUAGAUCACGGCACCCCGCUGGAUCCCGACGCCGCCCUGGAAUCCCUGGUGCACUUCUCGCGCGACGACGAAUCCCAGCAGGCUGGACCUGCCAGACAUGAG